UUGUCCUCCGGGGUCCAGCUCGCCCAGCCUCCGGUCUCCAUCCUGCAAGAGCAGCAGCAGCAGCAGCAGCAACCUCCUCCUCCUCCUCCGCGAUCCAAAGCAGCCGCAUCGCGCGCAAAGGCCGGGGCCAUGGCGGUGGACGAGGCAGGCGCGGGCGGCGGGGCAGCGGCGGCGGCGGAAGGCUCGGAGGCCGCCAGCCCGGGCUUGCUGAUGGAGAUCGUCAGCUCGCCGCUCAACCUGAGCCUGCUGGGCCUCUGCCUCUUCCUGCUCUACCAGAUCGUGCGCGGGGACCGGCCGCGCGCCCAGCUCGAGGGCGAAGAGGAGCCGCCGCCGCCGCCGAAGCUCAAGCGCCGCGACUUCACCCUGGCCCAGCUGCGCCCCUUCGACGGCCAGACCGACCCGCACAUCCUCAUGGCCAUCAACGGGAAGGUCUUCGACGUCAGCCGCGGACGGAAGUUCUACGGGCCCGUUAAAUAUCACUACGUCGGCAAGCUGCUGAAGGAUGGGGAAGAACCGACAGUCUAUUCCGACGAAGAAGAGACAAAGGAUGAGAAAGACCGCAAGAAUGAUUAGCGAACGGACCAAGGAGCCUCCCCAAUGCUAGCUGGUUUCUUUGCUUUUAAUUUUUAAGGGACAUUUUUAUCAUAUCACACACACACACCCCUCUCUUAUUUUACCCUUUCUUAAUAUCAGCCGUUUUUAGACAUAUUAUUACUUGCAAUGACAUUGGUCUCAACGCUGCACUUUUUAAUCGACUUUCCUAAGUAACUCAGUGCUAACUUUUUUUCCAAUGCGGGCCACGGGGCUCGGCGGGCAGUAGAGAAAUGGCCGUAACUGGCUGGUGGUAUGUAAAGGACCACUCCAGCCAAGGAAUGGCCGUAGGAUUUCCCUUUCGUUUAAUGGCGCUUGGCAGGAUGUCACUCUUGAGGACCCUGUUGAACGGACAUUGCAACGUCUGAAGGUUGACCCUGGACCAGAAAAUAUCUCCUUGUAGGAGAUACUGCCCUGUCCUUCAACCCCCUUUUGGGUUGGUGGGCAUUCAGAAAGGCUCCCUGUAUUUUCCCAGCCCUUUUCUCUAUCCUUCUUCCUUUUAUACAAACUUGUCUUCCUAAGAUUGCCCCUUCGCUUGUGUUAUCCUUUGAACUUCGUCCUUCACAUGGAUUCCUUUCCCCGUGUGCAUUUUCUGCCGGGGGGCGGGGGGGGGGUUAUCUCAUUUCCGACCCUUAGAAAUGCAGAAUGUAGUGGGUGGUUUUAUUAUCUUUUUCUUUUUUUUAAAAUCCUAGCUCAUGUAGCAUUGGAAGCGGUUUGAAAAGUGGUUUUUAUAGAGAUACUUCUUCGCACCCAACUGAUGGGGCCCUAGCUUUGAAGCAAAACAACUUUCUCUUUUUUUUAAAAAAGGAUGCAAUACUUUUAUUAUAAAACAGUAGAAUAAAGAUAAGAAUUAGUAUGGAAUGUGACCUCACCAUGGGUGCAAGCGGCAGGGAGGAGAUGAGGUGCUCUUCUUGGGAAGAAGGUUCCCAAGAUGUCCGGUUCCCUUAUUCCUUCAGGGAGUUUUGAGAGAGGCAUUGUCCUUGAGAAUGUGGCCUUGGUUGUGUUUUUUUAACCACCUGGGUCAGCUAGGCUUGAUGGAAAGCAUGCUGCACAGCUUAAUUCUCUGCAGAGAGGGGAGGCUCCAUGUUUACUUCAAAUAUCAAAGUCUCUAGGCGCGGCUUCAAAAAGGGGAAACGCGGCCCGAAACCGUUCUCUUUUGAGAAGGAAAGUUUUCAUCUUUCGACUAGGCUCAUCCACUGCGGUGCAUAUCUUAACAAGUUUGGUUUAGUUCAAGGGUCGGCAACCUGCGGCUCUGGAGCCGCAUGUGGCUCUCUCAUCCCUCUGCUGCGGCUCCUUGUCGCCGGUCGGCACCACAAUUGACAGGGCUUUCGGUUAGGACAGGUAGAGGAAAAAGGACGCUGCACUAGGAGGAGGCUACGGUGGGGCAACCGGAUUUCCGGUUGGCUCCAGAAUUGAACGGGGGAGAGAGAGGGGGGGGGCUUCUGGUUAGGACCUUUGUGGCUCUUUGAAUGUUUAAGGUUGCCAACCCCUGUUCUUAGCUGCAAUGCGAUCAUCAGGGCUCACUUAUAAUUGGUUCAUAAUUAGUAAGCUUUAAGAUCUUAGCAGGAUCUUAAUGACGUGGGCAAGUAGUCCAGCUUUCUUGAUUUCAGAUAUUAAAUCCAAAUUUCACUAUAGGAUGAUGGAUCCACUGCCCAGAUAUUCUACUAAUUCUUGGGUACAUUUGUGGGUGCAGUUGAGGUUCAGUUCAUUUUGUGCGGUUGUUCGCAGCAGUGAAACGGGCGGGAUUUAAGAAAGUGGGAAAGGACCAUGGAACCAAGAGACACGUUUCAAAGAAGUUAUUCCGAAGUUUGUUUCUUCCCCCCCCCCCUUUAUAUACUCACCAUUUUGCUCUAAAACAAGAGAGACCUCUUCUCUGCUUCUAAAAAAAACACUACUUUUCACAACAAGCAAUAAAUAUUGUAACUUCAGACUUCUACCUUUGUAAAUUGAAAGUACAGGUUUUAGAUUUUUGUUGCCUAUUCCCAUUUCCCCCCCAGAUGUAAAACCUUCUUCAAAAAUCUUUGCCUGUUCUUGCUUGUUGCCCUAAAGACAAUUAACUGGCUGAAAUGUUGUGACCUACCUCUGGGCUUCGUUAGGAUAAUUAACAAAAAGCUAAUUUUUUUAAAAAACCGCUUCUUUCUUAAAGUCACCAUUCUUGCAGAGUUGAUGCUGAACGAUGUUUCGAAUUCAAAGGCGGGAUUGGUCGUACUUGCUUUGUUUUUAAAGGCGAGGAAAUAAAAUUCUUCCUACAAA